AGUGUCAUAAACUACCGGAGAUAUCACACGACCUCCGUCUCAGUUACAGCCCUGCUCGAUGAAACGUUUUCAGCACCGGGUCCAUUUGGGCUACCGGAAGCUUUCUGGAGCUUUCACUCGCAUCUGGUGGGCUUCAUCGGGCGGACGGGGUCAAUAAUGAGCCUUCAAGCUCAACAGAGACGUUUUAUGUUGAAAUCCGUCCGGAAGUGUGCACUGUUUGAAUGCGGCCGCGCUGACUGGAAGGUGCGAGGAGGCGUCCGCACAGGAAGACGCUGAAAACACACCUGUGAUGAGCAGGCGGACUCUGCGGGCCGCACACAGCGAAUAAACAACCAGGCGGAUUCCGCAAACUACUUUUCCUCCGGGUCGGAGGCCUGCGGACGGGUCCUGGUGAACUCUGUGGAUCCAGUCCGCGGUCGGCAGCGCUGUUUGGGGGCUGACGCACCAGCAGGGGCGGAAGGCGGGGGGGACUGUCACAGCAGCAGGCUAGGCUAGGCUAGGCUAGGCUAGCAGCUUAGCACGCUAGGCUAGCAGCUUCAGCCCCCAGAAAACCCUGAACUCGGAGGAACUUUGUGAAGUCUUAAGAAAUGAGCAGCGGCCUGGCGUUGAAGCGGCUGCUCCGGACUCUUCUGAGGAGAUAAAAAAAAUAACUAUUUUACCGCCAGAAAACGCGCUACCUGGCAGCGUUAGCAUCGCUAGUUAGCAUCGCUAGUUAGCAUCGCUAGUUAGCAUCGCUAGUUAGCUCCCAUCGGCGCCUCUGACAGGAUGUAGCGGAAAGAAAACACCUCGACGUAUCGACGUCCGCAGGAAUAAACUCGCAUUUUAACACCAACACAGAGCUAUCAGACACGGAUAUUAGCCUUUUAAUUAGCACCAAGUUAUGUGCGGCUAACGGCUGUACACGGUGCUGCUUUCUGAGACAUUCACGGACUUCUUCUGUUUUUUUGUUUGUUUUUGUUUUUUUGGACGGUGUUUCUUGUGCUGAGCCAACUUUUAAUUUCCGAGCUGUCGGUGAGUGUGUCGUUAGCAUGGAGGCACGGGAGCCCGGCGGCGGCAGCUCGGAGCGGUUACAUAACGCCAGCAGGUCGCGGGAGAAGCUGCUGAACGUCGCCUCCUCCUCAGCCUCCUCAGCCCGGCUCUGACAGCUGUAAGCUGCUCCGACACACAACCGACAGACGGACGGACGGACGGACGGACGGACACACCGAGAGACAGACAACAACAACAACAACACCACCACGGCAGCAUGGAGGAGGUCUGAGCCUGCUGGGACACACAGAGACACCACACGGAAACAUUUGGCUGAAGAUGGAUUCAAAUCCGCUGAUAAACGCCAUGGACCCGUCCAUCACGCUGUGGCAGUUCCUGCUCCACCUGCUGGAGGACCAGCGGCAGCGUCACCUGAUCUCGUGGACAGGUGAGGACGGAGAGUUCAAGCUGCUGGACGCCGAGGAGGUCGCUCGGCUGUGGGGGCUCCGCAAGAACAAGCACAACAUGAACUACGACAAACUGAGCCGAGCCCUGAGAUACUACUACGACAAGAACAUCAUCAAGAAGGUGAGCGGUCAGAAGUUUGUCUAUAAGUUCGUCAGUCAGCCCGACCCCUCCCUGCCGGAGGGGGGACGCAACGGAGAGGAGGGCCAGAGGAGGGACAGCGCCGACCCAAACAGCCAAUCAAAAGGCCUCGGGGGCGUGACCUCAACCUGUCUGUCAAAGGGCUUACCCCAGCGCUCGUCACCCAGCAGCUCGCAGAAAAGCUCCCGUAACGACUACAUGAAGUCUGGCCUCUACUCCACCUUCACCAUCCAGUCGCUGCAGGCCUCUCCCAACCCACGGCCAAUCAAAACAGAGCUGCUGCUACAGCAAGACCCCGCCCCCAAGGUCGAUCGCACGCCCAGAGAGGUGAGAGAGGUCUGUGUAUUAUCAGAGUCCAAGUCCCCUCCGUCAGUAGGUGGAGCUGUCGACUCUGCUCUCCAGGUGAUCGUCACUCAGGUGUCUCCCUGUCCGACUCCGACUCUCAGCCCCCAGAUACCAGCCAACGCCACCAGCCAAUCACAGAAUCCUCCUGCUCCCCCUCUGAGCGACCCUCCCCAGAUUUAUCUCACCAGCGUUGGGGAUCCGUCCUCCCUCACCCCCCUCAUCCCCCUGGGUCCUGUUGGGGGCUCCAUGAAUCCUGUCCCUCCCCCCCACGUAUCCAUGGGCCCCCAGGGGCCGCAGCAGGAUGACUGCGGGGGAGUCACCAACUCCGCCAGCUUCCCCCCUCACCCCCACUCUGCGCCUCACCCGACUCAACCCCCGCCUGUCUUCGUCAUCAUCAACCCCCCUCCCUCCCAGCAGCAGCAGCAGCAGCAGGCGACCAUGGUGGCCGCUCCUCCUCCUUCUGUCGCUCCUCCUCCCUCCGUUCCUCCCCCUGUCCGUCCUCCCCCUCCCCCCAUCGUCAUCAAGGAGGAGAACCUGCCGUCAGAGGAGGAGCUGCUGGAGAUGGUGUCUCUGGAGGAGAAACAGGUGGAGGAGGUUCCUCAGCUGAUCUGUGGCUCAGGAGAACCAGAACCGCCCCUCACCAUCGUGGAGGGCCCGCCCCCUCCCUGCAUGGAGCCCGGGGUCGUAGGUCAUCAGCCUGCGGUGCAGGGCGGAGCGGAGGGGGAGGGCAAGGACGCGCCGACAGAUCCAGUCACGUCCUCCUCAGCCGCGAGCCCGCCGCUGACCUGCACCUCGGACGCCGUUCCUCCCAAGCCGAAGAAGCCGCGGGGCCUGGAGCUGCCCUCCUCCCCCUCCCUCCCCGGCCUCUCGCUGGAUAAGGUGAAUGCAGCUGUUAACAGUUUAUUGGCUCCUGGAUCAGCGACCAACACGCUCACCCCGACUGUCAUCACCUCCCACUCUCUGACUCCGGUCCUGUUGACUCCCAGUCCUCUUCCCUCCACCAUCCACUUCUGGAGCACGCUCAGCCCCAUCGCUCCUCGCUCGCCGGCCAAACUCUCCUUCCAGUUUCCCACUAACGGCAGUAAUCAGAUCCACAUCCCGGCCCUGAGCGUCGACGGUCUCUCCACCCCCGUGGUCCUCUCCCCCGGCCCCCAGAAACCCUGAGCUCCCUGCCCGCCUCACGCAGCUCCUCGCUGGGCGCAGAACUCGCCUCACCUCCCCGGAGGGUCGGAGGGGAACUGGAUCUGGACGGAUUCUGAAACUUUCCAAUCAAACCGGGAACCACGUAGUUUUUGGACUGGUAAGACUGGGAUUUGAUGGUUUGCGGUGGAACUAUUACAGCUGGAGAAUCAUCGUCCAGACCAGACAGAAGUCCGGUUUGCGAACGCCUCCGAACCCCUCUGCUGACACUGAGACCGAAUACUUUAAACCGUGCAGAGAGCAGCUGGGUGUCCGGGCGUCGGCCUCCUUAAACCCUCCCCUCAUUUCUUUCACAGUUUUUGCCCGAACACUUUGCCGAGGGGUCGUGGGGGAAAACGGGACGCUUCUCUUCACUUGAACGCACCUCGAGAAGCCGACAGCAGGACAGAAGCGGACAGGCGGCGGCGAGGUGGAGCGGUUUCUUUUCUUCUUCUACCGAGGGCUGCACCUUCAGGGUCACGCUGGUUUUUAACGGAUGUCGCUGUGGAAAACAACAGAUCUUCUGUCGCUUCAGUCUGAAAACACAAUGAGAUGAAACUGGAACCAGGUCGACUUUUGAGUUUUUACUGGAGAAAUGACGAAAUGGAAAACAUUGAUUUUAAAUAUCAGACGGACUGAGUGAAGACAUUUUUAAAUAAACUGAAGAGGUUUUGAUCAGAAACCGAGCCUCAUUAAUAUUCAUGAGCUCGUCUGAGGAAACAGAUUUAUCUCAAAUCUUUCGGGAUCUUUUUCGGGGCUUUUUGCUCUUUAUCGUCUGUUUUUUAAAAAGUGGUUAUUUAUUUCUGUUUCCUGUUUUCAGCGUGCUGCGGACUCUUCAGCGUUACCUGACUGCUGGGCGAGCUUGAUUUUCUCACUCAGAUGAACAUUUUAUAAACUGCGUCUGUUGGAUUCCUUCAGAAACGACUUUUAAGGCCAUUUAACGUUUUUUGCUUUGCUCUUAUUGGCCGCUUUUAAAGGCCACGCCUUUCUCCAGUUAUGCAUGGCCUGUUAUUGGACCGAACUCCUCCGCAUCGUUUUGAACUGACCAAUCACAGGAGAGAUGACGACGGACCUGAGCUGCAGGCGCUCACACAGCCAAGUUAUUUCUCUAUGAAAGUCUCUUUAUGUGACAGAUUGUAUAUUUUCUAAAAAGUGUCUUCGAAUUUGAAGAAGUUUAACGUCCGAACUGAAGUGAAGUGAAACAGGAGUGAAAUCUGUUUGGAUUUCGAGGUUUUAUCGAGGACAUCGUCACAUUCCUUCGGCUCUAAAGGGUCGAUAGAGGUGUUUGUUUUAUUGAUCGUUUUAAUGUCAGCUUUCAUUCCAGACGUGCAGCAGAUUGUUGUUGAGCAGCUUCGAUCGAUGAAUGUUUUUCCUGAACGCCUCGGGUUCGUGAUGUUGUAGAUCUGCAGCGACGUUGCCACAAGUUUUCGUGUGAAACGGUCAUUUCCAUUUUCCCUCCGGUCAUUCUGGGACUCGGGACGGAGAGACGGCCGCCAUUUCCAAACAGUUUUUAACUCUUUGAGAAAUACUUCUGUAUUUCAGCUGCAGCUUCAUCUGUCUGUUAAAGUGACGGCUGUCCGUCUUCAGACAUUAAUGUUCCUCACGGCGUCGUUCAGACACGACAGCACCUUUAAGGGAAAGAGCUGCGAGCUCAGCCCGCCUCUGGUUAUCACAUGACCGCUACACCGGUGACUCCAUCCGCACGAUGUGGCUGAAAGCUUCGGGAACGACAGAGUGAGUCAGUUUCGAUGGAGACGCAGAAAUCAGUGAAGUAAAUCCACGUCGGUGAACGUGAAACUUGUCCGUUGGCCGAUAACGAGCUGAGCUCUGAGCGGACGGAGAGGCUAAAAUGGAGGAAGCUGUCGUAGCUUGUCGGCUGUGUCGCCGUCCAGUUAACUUGUGGCAACAUCAAAAUCUGCAGAAACGCCAAAACAGACGAACCAUCGAGAUUUAAAUUUCUGUUUUUCCCCCAAAAAAGUCCAAAGUGAGGCUGAACCGUCUGGACUCUGACACGUUACGGUUCUUCUAAAAAAAGACUGUUGUUGUUGUUGUUGUUUCUGAUGCUAGCCGAGCUCUGUGGUUGCCACGGUAACCUGACCCGACUGUUGCUGUUAUUGUCGCUGUUGCUGCGGAGCCGAAGCUCCUCGUGAUGAUGCUGUUAACGUGUUUCUAUGCUUCUGUGUGUGACGACGAGGCUGCUGACGCACACGCACGCACACACACACACACACACACACACACACACACACACACACACACACACACACACACACACACACACACACACACACACACACACACACACACACACAGCAGGAACUGAGUGAAGCUGAAAUUCGCCGUUUUCACGUCAGCUGAUGUUUUUAAUUCAGUGAAGCUGAGUAAAAACACUUAAUACUGUUGCUAAGCAACGUGCAGCAAAUCUUUUCUCAAAUCUGAGUCCGUCGUGGAUUUAGUGUUUGAUGAACGCGUCACAUCUGAUUACCUGUAAAUGUGAAUCGGAGUCGGUGGUAAUUAGGGAUUCAGCUAAUGAUCAUUUUCAUUAGCGAUCAAUCUGCCAAUCAGUUUUCUCGAUUAGUCCGUUAAUCGGUUGGCGUCAGUAAAGUGUGCUUCACAGCGCCCCGACCAACUCUGCAAAACCCCAAAAUAUUCACUUCACCAAGAAAAGCAGCGAAUUCUCCCAUUUGAGCUCCUGGAAGAAUCAAAGCUUUUGCUUAAAAAAUGAAUUGAUUGUAAAAACAGCUGAUUGAUUAAUUUAGUGUCGAUUCGUCUGAUCGUUGCAGCUCCGGGUCUGAAACCCUGAAGCUGUUGGUGCCAACAGAAGAGCGACACUUUAAGCCUUUAAGGGACUUUUCAACAUCUGCACCGCGUCCGGAUCGCAGGACGUCCCGCACGCUGUGUUUUGUCCUGAACUCGCUGGACGCCGUCACUUUAACGUCAGCUGGUGUUUCUUCACUCGCACGUUUCAGUGUUUCUCAACCGUCGUGUGCAGCGUUCCUGAGUUAUUAUAGCACUUUAUAAUAACUGCAGUGUUUCUUUGCUUGCCCCGCACCGCUUCAGGUGUUGAGCUGGUGACGUGCGUCACUGGGAACAAGACUUAAAAUACACAUUUGACCACACGGCGAACAGUCCCACGGACACAACGUUCAGAUGGCUUCGGUCAUUUGCGUCGUAUUUAUUGCAUUUAAAGACACUCGGUGUCCAGUUUAUUAGGAACGCCGAGCCAAAACGAAUCCAGCAGUCGUGCAAUAAAUCCUCCUCCAUGAAGGUUCAGUUUGUGUUCAGUGUGUGUCGGAGUUUAUACCGACAGGUGUUUCUGUUGUUUAGGCCGCGCUCACGGAUACAGAUGUGUUGGAAACACCCGUGGUCGCUAGUCUUCCUGGCGUCCACACGAAAACAACAAAAAACAAUUUAAAAUAGAUAAAACAAGAAAAGGCCAAACUAGCUGCACGCGAGGAACCUGCAGCGGUGGAGACUGACUAACCCACUUCAGAGAAGAAGGAAACGCUGCAUUAACGGCGUUCAGCGGGAAACGGCGGUAAAACACCGGAUGUGGAUCGCUUGCUUACAGUAUUGCUGUCAGUUAUCUCCAGUCGGUGUCCGGGUGUUUAAUCGACCUGCAACCGUUUUGUCCAAAAAAGUAUAAAAGUCUGCAGACGUGUUGAGUGAGUUCAGCCUCAGAUCAGCUCCUGGCGCCGUGAUUUCCCAGCCUCGGCGGUGACGUAAACGCAGCGCCAAGCCAUCGUGUUCGACUGUUCUCUCCUUUACAGCAUGACUCUAUUUUUCUAUCAGAGACGACGUGUUUUUAUCGUGUUUAAAGUUUAAAGAGCGACGGCGCCUUAAAGCGUUUGGGAUCUGCAGAAGAAGGAAGACGCGUCGUCGGCGUUCUCCAGAGCGCGAUGACGACAAAUAAGCCAUUUCUAGCGAAAAGGUUCGAGUCUGACGUCUUUACCGUCAGGCUAACGUUUCUCUCACCAGCAGAACACGAAGAAUGUUUUUCUAUUGAUUAGUAACUGUUGCAUUCUGGGUGAUGAACUGUAAAAUAACAUGUGAAUGUUUUUUAUCAGAGAAAGUGCCGCUGCGGCACCGGAGUUAUCGCAGUAUUGAUUAGGGUAAAUCACUUUCCGGGGUCGAUAUAUAUUGUGAUGUAUUGAAUUUGCUGGAAAAUCAGUUGUGUAAUUGUUAAUGUUUUUAGGAAAUCUCAACAAAUCAGAGAACUUUAUCAAAUGGAUAAAAAAAACAACUAUAUAACAGUACAUUAUUUUCAUAAAUCAGUUCGAUUGAUUAUUGAUUUGCCUUAAAUGUUGGAACAGAUUCGCUGGUAUGAAUUUCUAUAAAUACAAAUGUAUUUUGUCUCGUAUCGACGGUCACAUCUCCAGCCGCGCUGCAACUAACAAUCAUCAGUACGUAUUGUAAUAUAAAGAUAUUUAGAGACGGAGACGACGUGAGUUCGAGUCUCCAGUUUAUUUCGUUUUACUCUGAAAGUGAAACGCGUCUCACAUCGGACGUGGAAACAAAUUAAAACUUUAUUAAACGUUGCGUUUAAUAACGCAGCGACGUUGGAAGAGACGAGCGUUUUGUUGCACAGCGAGUCGCUGCCGACCUGCGGAUCACAGACGGCGGCGGCGGCGGCGUCACGUUUCACCAAAGAUGGCCGCUCUCCGUCGUGCACGUGGUCUCGUGGAUCCAUCGGUGGUCGCAGCUCGUACUCUGCACGAGUUGAAACGAGCCGCCGCCUCCGGCCCGACUCGCCUGCGUUUCUGUGGGAACGCCUGUUGUUAUCUGGAGCUUUCUGUCCGAUCGGCUGCGUCAGAGGACACCCGCGCAGCUGCUGUUGCUAUGGAGACGACUCCAUCCAGCGCUGCGACGUCAGAGCCAACUCCCGCCCUCGGCCCUCGGGCCGGAGACGCUGCGUCGAGCAUAAACCAGGCCGGUGCGCAGACUCCGCCUACUCGCCGGAUGUAGCGUAACGCAGACGCAUCCCUCAGUUUACUUACAGGAAGUCUAGCUGUCCCAUGAUCCUUUGCAGCACGAUGAGAUCAGACAGAAAGCUCUGGGAGCGGAUGAUCGACAGGUCUCGUCUCAGAGCGAUCGAAUCGUAAACGUGUUUUGUUCUGUACAUAAAUAAUAUCUGAAUAUAAUCUGAACGCAGAAUCUAUAUAUUCUGACCAACGGCUGAGGAGAGUUAACGAUGUGUUGUUUCUGUGGCCUAUCGUCGCUGUCAGAUCCUGCGUGGCCCCGCCCCUCCCCGGCUGUGAUUGGCUGAGGAGUUUAUUGAUGUAAAGGGGCGGGGCCUGCUUUUAUUUUUCUGAGACAGACUUCUACAUGUUCCACGUGUCAUUUACUGGAGAAAAUAAAAGAAAAGCUAUUUUUUAUGGA